GGUACAGUACAAAGUCAUUGUUCUUGCGCAAAUACUCGUGGCCAGUGUAGACAGGCAGCAAGAUUUUGCGCAAAAUCUUGCCAGUUUAGACGCACCCUGUUACUAGCUGAAUUCAUUUACAAGACAACACUGUAACUUCAGUAAAGUAUUUAAUGCCAGCAGUGUGCUCUGUACUGUAUUUUACAUAAAAGUCAGUCUCUGCUCCCUAAGAGCUUACAGCCAAAACCACGGAGACGGAGAAGAUGGUUUUACAGAGCUGGGAGUAACUAUUUUUCAUGUAUAGACAUUUAUUGUCGGUACCAGGAAAGAAGUCACUUGUCUUAAAGACAAGUUAGCAAGAUGCUACCUCUGAGUUUUUCCUCUCUUCAGAUUCAACACUCAUUUUCUCAAGAUGUGUAUGAUUUUCAUGGGAACUUGAAGUUAAUUUAAGACCUGAACUGACUACCAAACAGCUAACAGCUGUCUUGGAUAAUGAGAGGUUGACUGCAGAGGAAAUGGAUGAGAGAAGACGUCAGAAUGUGGCUUAUGAAUAUCUUUGUCAUUUGGAGGAAGCUAAGAGAUGGAUGGAGGCUUGCCUUAAUGAGGAUCUACCUCCCACAACAGAGCUGGAGGAGGGGCUGAGGAAUGGAGUCUUUCUAGCCAAACUGGGAAACUUUUUCUCUCCUAAGGUGGUGUCUCUGAAGAAAAUCUAUGACCGGGAACAAACCAGAUAUAAGGCAACUGGGCUUCAUUUUCGGCAUACAGAUAAUGUUAUUCAGUGGUUGAAUGCCAUGUCUGAGAUUGGCCUCCCCAAGGUAAUUGCUGCACUGAAAAGCCUGGCUUUGAAUGUUGUGGGAUGAAUUUGCCAAAACAGAUGAUUCAGCA